CCCGGCGGCCGGCGACUGGCGGACCGCGGCUGGUCUUAUCACCGGCAGUCGGCAUACAGUCGCCGCGCGCGCUCCACAACGCUCGUCUCGUACCGAUACCGUGCUAACUGUCGUCGAUGAACUAGUGACUUGUGAUUGUGAGUGAAACCCGAACCGCGACCUGUGUGAACACGUGCCGCGCACUGCGCAUCUCUGCAAUAUUUUUAUUGGUUGGAGUUCCAAGCACGCUGUCGUUUAUUAUAUAGCAAAACGGCUGAGCUGUCAAAAAUUGUAAACAGACCACACGUGCCGUCUCGCAAUAAGCGAGAGGCGAAAAUGGCGUCAAAGGGCAAGCGUCCCAUGCGAGCUAUCACACCCGGAGAUAAAAUAGAGGCGAUACAGCGAGUCAACGAUGGCGAAUCUAAAGCUUCAGUCGCCCGAGACAUUGGCGUGCCAGAGUCCACUCUUCGUGGUUGGUGUAAGAACGAAGACAAGCUACGCUAUAUGACCUCUCGUUUAUCCUCGCCGGACACCGAUAAGAGCAAUGACGGGGACCCGCCCGACAAGAGAGCGCGCACCGAGUCUCCAAUUGCUCCACAAUCACCUACUACAACCGGCCUCGAUCUUUCAAGCCCAGCCACUAUUACCCACAACGUUCCAAAACCAACUCUGUCGACCGACAAACCAGUCGAACUAACAACAAAACGAAGUGAACCUUCUCCACCACAUCCGCAUCCACCUCGUGAACGUCGCCCUGACCCAGGAGCAAGCGUUUCAAUGAGUGCUAUCAGCCCUCUAACUGGACUUGGUCAUCUGCCUGGACUUACUCAUUCACACCUCGGAUUGAGUUUCAAUGAGAUUGCAACCAAUCUCACAUUACUUGCACAACUUAACCCUGGUCUUUCUGCUUUAUCAGCUCAACCGGCUAGUCGGGCAUUGAGGUCAGUAAGAUCUCCUAAACCAGCGCACAAUGGAAUCCUGAACAUGAACGACACCAAGCAUCGGAAUAAACCAAAUCACUCCUCAGAUUUAUACCGAAGCAGCAGCUCAAGAUCGAGUCAUCACAUGAGCUCUCAGUCCGCUAGUCAUCCUGUCGAGGAUUCUAUAUGGUAUUGGCUACAAGCCCAACAGGCAAUGCUUGAUUUAACCGCUCAAACGACUGCUGCACAUCCACUUCAACUAGGAAAAGUGAACGACCCAGCCUUGCCUACAAAACCUGUAGCCCCAGUGUCGCCCAUCGCUCCACACCUCGAUUAUAACAGAAAUUCAUGGCUAUGGCAAUAUUACAAACAAUUUGGUGGUGCAAUGCCCUUACCUGAAGAUAAACUAAAAUCUGCGUCGCAAGUGCCAAAAGAAAAAGCUGCUGAUAAUAUUCUCUAUUCACAUCUAACCAAAGGUAAAACGGAGGACGAUCGAAGUGUGCCUAGUCCGUCACAAACCCAAUCGCUAGCGGCAGAAGUGCGCGAAACCGUAACCGCGCCUCAAGAACCGCGCAUAGCUGAGCCGGCAAUAAGUCCAGAAGUCGAGAUCGAGAAUAAGGAACCGGCCAUAGAAAAACCCAUCGAGUGCGGAAAAAUUCAAGCGAAAGCACGAAACGUUCUGGAUAAUCUGCUUUUCAAUAGUAGUAACCAGGUGGUGCACGAGGAGAACAAGAGCAUCAGAUCUGCCAACGGCGAAUGGGAAUCGGGUACGGUGGAGGCGCUCGAGCACGGCGACAAGUUCCUCGCGUGGCUGGAGGCGAGUGGCGACCCGAGCGUGACGCGCAUGCACGUGCAUCAGCUGCGCGCGUUGCUGCACAAUCUGCGCACUCGGCGUGCGGCCGCCGUGCCCGCCGUGCCCGCCGCGCCCGCCGACGCCGCCCGACGCAAAUAAACGGCCGGGAAUGUCGCGCUCGCUACAGGGAAUAUAUCAAUUACGUGUACAUAGUCGUUAUACGUCGUCGCCAGUAAGCGUUCACUUGUGAUAUGUGUAGCCAAAUUUGCGUAAUUUCUUUGUUCUAAAAGAAAAGCUAUGCAUCGUAUCUUAAUUUUAGUCUAUAUUAAAAUAAGUAAUAAAUCAGAAGCCGUUCUCUUUAAAGCUUUGUCGAGUGACUACGACCAUAGUUAAUCUAUUUCCGAGUUUAUAUCAGACUUAUUGUAAUACAGAUACGAGUAUAUAUCUUUAUCUAAUGUAAAUGUAAAUGGAUGUUAUUGAUCAACAAACACGUUACUUUUCAAUGCACGCAAACAUUUACGUGAUUAGUCUAAGUAGAACCGCUGUAUGUUGCCAUUCGACUAUUACAUUCCUAGCUGUACCCUACUCUAGUUGUUCGAACCCUAUGUUCUACCUCAAGUCAAGCGUAGCUAAUGCUAAGUCACGACGUCCUUUCAAUCGUCCGUUGAUAUCGCUCGUCGAUGUCGCGGGCGAGCUGUUAGGGCGUCAUGAACCAUACCAAAUAUUGAAAGGAUGCGAUGUUCUCGUGUGCCAAACAUGCGAACAAGGUAUAUUAUUAAGAUAAUUUAUGACUAUUGUGUUAGAGCUAGAGAUUCGUGUAAUUGUUUUCUAUUGCUCAGUAUUUUAUAUGGUAGACAUUGUCUAUGUCUCGAUUUGGAAUUGUAUUAAGUGUUAAAGUUAACAGUUAAGGACACUGUGAUCGAAAUUAUAAAUUAUUGAGAGAUUAUAAAUAAUGUAAGUACAUUCCUAAUGAAUAGAGUGUAUUAUUGUACUGUUAAAAGAUUGUCCAAUGGUUUAGUGGUUGCUGAAACAACUAGCAACUAAUUCUUCUAGCAGAGUUCAAAUCCUUUUCACUGAAGUUAGAAUAAUUCGUUUGCAUUUCGUGUUAAUUAUAUUAGCUCCACUGGAAGUUGUUUGAGAAGAUAUUUUGUACAAAAUUACAAAUAUGGAAUUAUUAGGAUAUAACUCAUUACACAAAAUAUGUGAACUUGAAAAUGUUGAAAAAUAAAAUUUGAUUGAACCUUA